AGCCUCGCACUCUCUGUUGCUCCGAGCUCGGGAACGCACGGCAGCCGCCCGGAUUAAUAUCGCACGCACACACACAAGCAGAUUACACAAGGGUCCGUGUCCCGUUUCUGUUUGCGAGAAGACAUUUUAAAAGAAACAUGGUUUGAGAUCACGGAGCAAAUCAGAAGACAUGAACCGGACAAAAUAAUCACAUCACUGAAUCGGAUCAAACUCAUCAUUGAACACUGGACAUUCAAUGGAUGCAUUCCUGUCUCGUUUAUUCAGCGUUUUAUCAAUAUAUUAACAAACCGAGCGAGUGAUUGGAGUAUUUUAUAACUGAUAUAUAAUUUGCACUUUUAAAACAAAGACUGCUUAUGUUUGUGGUGUGAAUAUAUAUAUAUUUUUGCUAAAAAAGUUGCGAUUUGACAGACGCUGUAUGGACCGAACCGGAUCAUGCACACGGGCUUCGUCUUUAGUUUGAAAUGAUUCUGUAGUUCCUGAUCUCCUCCGGGAAUAUCUGGGAGCGUCUGGGAUGGAUCAGCCUCUCUGUUGAAUGUGAAAAGUAUAGUCGUGGAUCAGAAGGUGUAUGAGGAAUUAAGUCCGAUCUGAUCAUGUACGAGAGCGUUGACGUGAACCCUUUCCUCGUGAUGGAUUACUAUAAUCAGAGCAGAGGAUGUCUGAUCCCGGACAAGAUGCCUCAUCCGUUCAGCUCUUCAAUCAGACAUCAGCACUGGAGCGGAUCCAAUCACUCUAUUGAGACGCAGAGUACGAGUUCGGAAGAGAUCGUCCCCAGUCCGCCCUCUCCACCUCCUCCUCCUCGUGUUUAUAAGCCCUGUUUUGUGUGUCAGGACAAGUCUUCAGGGUACCACUAUGGCGUCAGUGCCUGUGAAGGCUGCAAGGGUUUCUUCAGAAGAAGUAUCCAGAAGAAUAUGGUGUACACAUGCCACAGGGAGAAGAACUGCAUCAUUAACAAAGUGACGCGCAACCGAUGCCAGUACUGCCGGCUGCAAAAGUGCCUCGAAGUAGGAAUGUCUAAAGAAUCAGAACAAAGAAAUUUGGAACAACUUGAGGCAGUGAGAAAUGACAGGAACAAGAAGAAGAAGGAGGAAAAAAAGCAGGAAUGUACAGAGAGCUACACGCUGAGCCCGGACACAGAGCAGAUGAUUGAAAGGGUUAGGAAAGCCCACCAAGAGACCUUCCCAUCGCUUUGCCAACUCGGCAAAUACACCACGAGUAACAGCUCGGAGCGGCGUGUGGCUCUGGAUGUGGAUUUGUGGGAUAAGUUUAGCGAGCUCUCCACCAAGUGCAUCAUUAAGACGGUGGAGUUUGCCAAGCAGCUGCCUGGAUUCACCACCCUCACCAUUGCAGAUCAGAUCACGCUGCUGAAGGCUGCCUGCCUUGACAUACUGAUUCUGCGGAUCUGCACUCGCUACACACCCGAGCAGGACACCAUGACUUUCUCUGACGGUUUAACGCUCAACCGGACGCAGAUGCACAACGCCGGAUUCGGACCGUUAACGGACCUGGUGUUCGCCUUCGCCAAUCAGCUACUGCCUCUGGAGAUGGACGACGCUGAGACUGGAUUGCUCAGUGCUAUCUGCCUGCUGUGUGGAGAUCGUCAGGACCUGGAGCAGGCAGAUAAGGUGGAUGUACUGCAGGAACCUUUGCUAGAAGCACUGAAGAACUACGUGAGGAACAGGAGGCCACACAAACCUCACAUGUUCCCUAAGAUGCUGAUGAAGAUCACAGAUUUGAGAAGCAUCAGUGCUAAGGGAGCGGAGCGUGUGAUCACCCUAAAGAUGGAGAUUCCAGGCUCCAUGCCUCCUCUCAUUCAGGAGAUGUUGGAGAACUCUGAGGGUUUGGAGAGCUCUGCAGGUGGGGCGAGCUCACGGGCCGCAGGCGCGCCUCCGGGUAGCUGUAGCCCCUCUCUUUCCCCGAGCUCCGCCCAGAGCAGCCCACCAACACAGUCACCGUGACAAUCGGCAUCAUUAGUCACCACGGACAGAUAACCGCAUGCCCGACACGACAGCAGACGUGUGUUCAGAAGGGCACUCUCAUGUUCCCGCCCCUCUACCUGUGCUCGUCACACACUAUUAUGAGAGGCGUGUGUUCGAGGUUUUCUUCCCUCCUUCUGCAGAUUCUCUGUGGAGAGAUGAGACUGUGAUUGCAUCCCUCCUCGUUUACACUCUGUUACAAAGUCCCUUCGGAUGAAGGCAGGAAUGCCGCUGGAGGAGCGAAGAUUGCGUUGGACAGAACGUGCAAGAAAUAAUGAACAAACGUAUAGAAGCAAAUGCAGGAUAAGACUUCUGUUCUGAUUGUUAUGGUCUGGACUUCUGUUUCCAAUCAGUGACUGAUUUCCUACAACUGAAAUAUAUAUAAAUAUAUAUAGAGAGAAAACAUGGAAUGAUUGUGACUGAACUGAAUGAAAUAUGGACUUACUCUUUGUUUCUCUUUAUGCUAAUGAAAGGGAAAAUAGAAGAGUAACUUUGUUUAGACUGAUGAUGUUUUUCACCGAGAAAAAACAUUGAAAAGAAUAUUGAUUUACACUCAUAAAACGUGCACAGAAGAUAUAAAAAUGGUUGCAAAAAUCAGC